AUGGUCGAAAUAAAGAUUAAGAAAGUCUAUCCUGUUUACAAUUGGAAAUGGGACAUAGAAAGCGAUAUAUGCGGGAUAUGCCAGCAGAGUUUUGACCAGAUGUGCAUAAAAUGUAAGCAUCCUAUCGAGUGCAAGCCAUGCAUAGGCAAGUGUAAACACACCUUCCAUUCGCAUUGCAUAGCAUUGUGGCUCCAGCAGAGGAAAAUAUGCCCCAUGUGCCGAGUGUACUGGAUUUGCCAUCGAAUGUUUGAGUAG